AAAAUGGAAAGAUCGAUCGCGGAUUCGUUGAUUUACGUAGCUGUUGUUUGUGAUGACAACAUGUAUUCAAAACUUUACUGAGUAAUUUCAUUAGGUGCUCAAUGUAACAAUUGUAAAACCUUAACCAAAACCAAAAAUUAUAUCGUCCGCGCCCGAUAUUUUGAAGAUGUCCUCAUACAAUAUCCAAUGACAGAAUCUCUAUUUUCGUUCAAUAAAAAUAUUUUUGAACUGUACGGAGCGGUGAUAAUGUGUGUCAAAUUUAGUUUGUAUUAGUAUAACCCUGUGAAGAAUAAUAUUAUUACAUCAGUGUCGACAUGGCGUUAGCUUUGAGAGAGUACGUGGUGAGCUUCUUGCAGGAGCACAACAUUAUGGCGCCUUUCUCCAGGUUUUAUAGGGCCAUGGUGCUCAAAAUGAACCAGCAUGAAGAUGAAGCAACUACGUCAGGUAUCACUGACGGUGCCACGUCCGAUCAGCAGAACCGUGUCAUUUUCGUCAACAGACCGCAGCCCCAGAAGUUCGUCUCGAACAGGAUCUCUACUGCUAAAUACAGCGUGCCGUCCUUCGUUCCCUUAUUCCUGUUCGAGCAGUUCCGUCGGUAUUCCAACUGCUUCUUCCUGUUGAUAGCCCUGCUGCAGCAGAUCCCUGACGUGUCGCCGACGGGACGGUGGACAACCCUCACUCCUCUCAUACUCAUAUUGAGCGUUAGCGCCAUAAAGGAGAUUGUUGAAGAUUUUAAGCGGCACCGAGCGGACGACGAGACCAACCGCAGGCUGGUGGAGGUGCUGCGAGAGCGGCGCUGGGUCGCCAUACGAUGGGAGCAUCUACAGAUCGGCGACAUCUGCAAAGUGCUCAACAACCAGUUCUUCCCAGCCGACCUGGUGCUGCUGGCCUCCAGCGAGCCCCAAGGCAUAUCGUUCAUAGAGACCAGCAACCUGGACGGAGAGACCAACCUGAAGAUCCGGCAGGCGCAGCCCGACACGGCCCGCCUGGACGCCGCCCCCGCCCUGGCGGACUUCCGCGCCACCGUGCAGUGCGAGCCGCCCAACCGACAUCUAUACGAAUUCAAUGGAUUGCUAAAGGAGGCUAAUGUCAAGACGCUGCCUCUGGGCUUGGACCAGAUGCUCCUCCGGGGGGCGAUGCUGCGGAACACGGCCUGGGUGCACGGCGUGGUGGUGUACACGGGACACGAAACCAAACUCAUGAAGAAUUCUACUAAAGCCCCGUUGAAGCGCUCAUCGAUCGACCGCCAGACCAACACCCACAUCUUGAUGCUGUUCAUCAUCCUCCUGGCGCUGUCACUGCUCAGCGCCGGCUUCAACGAGUUCUGGAUGCGGAAUCACAAUGACUGGUAUAUCGGGCUCGAAGAGGCGCAGAACGCGCACUUCGGGUUCAACUUCCUGACGUUCCUGAUCCUGUACAACAACCUCAUACCGAUAUCGCUGCAGGUCACCGCCGAGAUAGUUCGCUUCUUCCAGGUCAGUAUCACUACUUUUAUCUGA